CCUCCUGGCUUGCGUGAGUGGUGGUGCGUCUGCGCUCUGCAAGCACGGCGGUGGCUGUAGCUCUGGGAUAGGGUGUCAACUUCGCUUAUGGGCUUUGCUCCAGUGGUAUAACUCCAUGAAUAACUUAAACGACCCCCCAAAUUGGAAUAUCCGGCCCAAUCCUAGGGCUGAAGGGGGUGAUGGAAGCAAGUGGAAUUAUGCCCUGUUGGUGCCAAUGCUCGGAUUGGCAGCAUUUCGUUGGAUUUGGUCAAGGGAAUCCCAAAAAGAAAUAGAAAAAGCAAGAAAAGCAUAUCAUCAGAGAACAGCUGCUUUCCAACAGGAUCUUGAAGCUAAAUACCAUGCUGUGAUCUCAGAACAUCGGCGUGCUGUUGCUCAGCUGUCUUUGGAACUGGAAAAAGAGCAAAAUAGAACAACUAGUUUUCGAGAAGCCCUUAUCUCUCAGGGGCGUAAGUUGGCAGAAGAAAAGAAGCUUCUUGAACAGGAACGGGCUCAGAUAAUGCAAGAAAAAAGUCGGCUUCAGCCCCUGAGAAGUGUCUAUUUGAGCUGCCUGGAAGAAGAGGAUGACUGGCAGAGGAGAGCCCAGCUUGUGCUGAAGGAGGUGGGAGAAGCUCUCGAGGAACGCCAGAAUAUCUAUUGUAGCCUGAUUCUUCCCCGCAGUGCACGGCUAGAGCUGGAGAAGAGCUUAUUGGUGCGCACAUCUGUUGAUCCAGUGGCUGCUGACCUAGAAAUGGCAGCUGGCUUAUCUGACAUAUUUAAGCAUGAUAAGCAUUGUGGAGAUGUCUGGAACACCAACAAACGUCAAAAUGGGAGGCUCAUGUGGAUGUAUCUUAAAUAUUGGGAACUACUUGUCGAACUUAAAAAAUUUAAGAAAGUAGAGAAGGUCAUAUUAGAAAAAUAAGAAUGAAAUGAAACUCAAGGCCAGAGGGGGUCAUUCACCAUGGCAGUCUGAAUUCUAGGGUCUCUGAUAUUUACUCUGUUCCUUUGCCACCAAAAGGGGCCCAGUACAGCUACCCUUUGUGAGAACUCAAGUCUUUCCACCCUUUGAGCAGUGCAGUAGGGCCUAAGCAGAUAUGUUUUUCUAUGAUGCUAUUCAGCAAUUAGAGAUACUUUUUUUGAAACAUUUUUGAGCUGCUAAUAUUUAGCAAAACAAGUACAACUAUAUAUUUUAGUUCUAGGGGAAAAAUACAAUAUUCUUCCUCUAAAAAUGUUCUGUCAGUUCUUACCUCUCUAAUAAUUGUCCUCCCUUUCCUGAUUCCAUGUAGAAGUUGUUGAGUAAUAUAAUAGUUACAUUACCAAGAUUUAUCUUGUUUGGAACACCCUCCCCCACCAAAAAAAACCCAAACUCACCAAAUAUUUCUUAUGUCCAGCCGGUACCCCAGUGAAUAUUUAGAAUUGAGCUGGUCCUGUACUCAAUAAGCAUGUUAUUUAUUACAGUGAUAUGCAGUCAAUAAUAUUUGUCAUUUAAAAGUAAUAGUGUUGCUUUUUUAUGUGACUUUAUUAUUAUUUUGAGACAGUCUUACUGUAUAGCUCAGGUGGGCCUUAUAUGUGCAGUCUUUCUGCCUCAGGCUCGCACAUGCUAUGAUUACACGUAUGUAUUACACUCUUGGGUUGAUAAUUUUGCAUGUAUUGAUAAGUACUUAUAACUCAUUUCCAUACAGCUUAUAUGAGUUGACCCUUUGUACAUAACUUAUAUAAUCCUUACUCUGGUUUUAUGA